GAUGUGUAGCACUCAGACAUCCAAUCAAAUAUGUUUGUGCAUUUGGGUGAACUCAGAGGACAGUGAUCAUUACUGAUUCCACUUUUUCAAUUGAAUUAUCGAAAUAAACGAACUUUUCCAUGAUAUUCUAAUCUAUUGAGAUGCACCUGUAUAUGUGCAUGACUGCACUUUUAGUUUCACUUUGUCUGCAGCACACGUGAAGGCUCCACGUGCAGAUGGACGUGGAGGAGCUCAGUUACAGCGUUUCUCUCGCGCCUGUUACUCUUGUCGUCCUCGUGCUGCUUUUGGGCUUCACACCUGUCGAAGGUCAAUCUCAGGUGAUCGGCUCUCUUCAGCCGAUCGUGGUGUCUCCUGGCGAUGACGUCAUCCUGCCUUGUCACGUGGAGCCGCCGCUCAGCGUGAUGGGACUGACGGUGGAGUGGUCGAGGCCCGACCUUCAGCGGGACCCCAAAGAUUGGCUGAGCCGGGUCGAGUAUGUGCAUCUUUACCGGGACAACCGAGAGGUGCCGGACAUGAAGUUGUCCUCGUUUGUCAGGAGGACAACGCUGUUCCCAGACGGCCUGAGACAAGGCAACAUAUCGCUGAAGAUCAUGAAUGUGACGCUUGCAGACGAGGGGAGAUUUCAAUGUUUCAUCCCUAAAUUAGAGGGCAGAGUACGGUCUGCAUUUGUUCAUCUUGUCGUUGAACCAAACUCUGCCAAAAACUGGACAACAGAGACGCCAAUACAACCCCGAAGUCCCCAAACUCCUGAUCUGAGGGGAGAGACGGAUGCUAAAGGUGAGGAACAAUUCUUGAAAUACCAACUUUUAACCAGAAAAGUGUAUGUUUCUUUAUCUCUGUUUGGCAGAAAGGUGUCAUGUAUGAAGUUAUAAUAAGU